AUGGCAUUGAGUGGAAACUGUAGGACUAACCCUACAUCCAAAGACCAAGGAUCUGUUCAGAAUAGUUUCCCAGAUGUUGUAGAAUUAAAUGUCGGGGGACAGGUGUAUUACACACGUCAUGCAACGUUAGUAAGCACCCCGAAUUCCUUGCUGGGAAAAAUAUUCUCACCCAAGAAAGAUGCCACUAACGACUUGGCGCGGGACCCUAAGGGACGCUAUUUUAUCGACAGAGAUGGAUUUUUAUUUCGAUAUGUGCUGGACUUCCUCAGAGACAAACAAGUUGUACUGCCCGACCAUUUUCCAGAGAAGGGGAGGCUUAGGAAAGAGGCGGAGUACUUCCAGUUGUCAGACAUGGUCAAACUAUUGACCCCCGAAGAUUUAAAACACAGUCCAGACGAAUACUUCCACAGUGAUUUUGAAGAUGGUUCUCAUGGCAGCGACCACAAGAUGUGUCCGCCGUCAUCACUGGUCCCGGCGGACAGAAAAAGUGGGUUCAUUACAGUUGGUUACAGGGGCUCUUGCACAGUGGGCAGAGAGAGUCAAACUGACGCCAAAUUCAGAAGGGUCCCGCGGAUUUUGAUUUGUGGGAGAGUCGCGUUAGCCAAGGAAGUUUUUGGGGAGACCUUGAAUGAGAGUCGAGACCCAGACAGGACACCGGAUCGAUAUACUUCCAGGUUUUACCUGAAGUUCAAACACCUUGAGAGAUCAUUUGACAUCCUGUCAGAGUGUGGUUUCCAGAUGGUUGCCUGUAACUCUUCAGUCACAGCGUCCUCCGUGAAUCGACACACAGAGGACAAGAUCUGGUCAAGUUACACUGAAUACAUCUUCUAUCGUGGCACCUCUCGGUGGUCUUCCCCGCCCUGCGACUGCUGCUGCAAGACCCACAAGGGAGAGGGCGAGAGCGGCACCUCCUUCAACGAGCUCUCCACCUCAAGCUCCGAGAGCCAGUCAGAGGCCAGCUCACCCCACGGCACCGUUAUCUGUGGGCCGGUCAGCCAGCAGUCCCACGUCCAUGUCCAGACCCUGGACCGGCCGCAGAAGAAGGGCCCGGUGCAGAUGCUGCAGCAGUCUGAGCAGCGCAGGAAGAGUGAUCUCCUCCGAACACUCACUGCCAGCUCCCGAGAUACCAGCACCUGCAAGAAGAGGCCGGCCAAGGAGAAGAUGACCAUUGAGGAGGAGCUGGAGAAGUGCAUCCAGGACUUCCGCAAGAUCAAGAUCCCCGAGCGCUUCCCGGAGAGGAAGUACAUGUGGCAGGCAGAUCUACUGAGGAAGUACCGUGUCUGA